AUGUCGACGAAAAGACGAAAGGGAGACAAGAGACCAUCCGCGCUGUCCCGAGGCCGUCCGCCAACCCUGAGGAAGCCUGCAGCAUCACUCUCGGCAAAAGCGACCCGGACUUUGAUAAGAUCGCAUCAUCAGUUGCAGAAGGCGCACGCAAAGGCAGUCCGUGAUGGAGAUGCGGUCACAGCAGCGUCGAUCGAGGAACAGAUUGAGCAAAAAGGCGGGCUGAAAAGCUAUCAGCAAGCUAGCAUCACCGGACAGUCUUCUGAGCGCGGCGGCGACUCAUCAAAAGUCCUGAUGCAAUGGCUGAAUUCGGCAUCGAACCUUGGAAUUACUGGGAGUGGUACUCGCCCUGAAGCCAAGUACAAGAUGCUUGAGGUUGGCGCGCUGUCGCCUUCAAACGCUUGCUCCCGGUCUCCAUUGUUCUCCGUCACCCGGAUAGACCUACAUUCACAGCAUCCGGGCAUUCAGGAGCAGGACUUCAUGGAGCGGCCACUGCCUACCUCCGAGGAAGAGAGAUUCGAUGUCAUCUCUCUAUCACUUGUAGUGAACUACGUCCCAGACGCUGCUGGGCGCGGCGAGAUGCUUCGAAGGACAUGUCAGUUCCUCAAAGCCUCUGCUGAGGACACCGGCUCAGCUGCCGUAUUUCCGAGCCUCUUCCUGGUCCUUCCGGCAGCUUGCGUUACGAACUCGCGAUAUUUGGACGGGGAACGCUUGGGCGACAUUAUGAACACCCUCGGAUAUGCGCUACUUCAACGGAAACUGUCUACGAAGCUAGUGUACUAUCUCUGGAAGUAUAACAGCUCGGUUGAAGCACAGAGGCAGGCAUUCCCGAAGGUGGAAGUUCGCUCUGGAAAGGCUCGGAACAAUUUUUGCAUCGUCCUGCGCUGA